UUUCAUUACACAUUCACCAUGUCACCAUGGCUACCCAUAUAACAAUUUUCUUCGUGGUUAUUAUCAUUUUGAUUUUCAAUGGGCACACUAACGGUUUGUUACAUGGUCUCAAUGAAGGUCAAGUUACUGAUACAACAAUGCAUAGGGUUGAUUGCAAGGGUGACGUGGAAAUGGAAGAUGAUGCAUGGAUGAUGGUGCAAAAAAGUGGGAACCAAUUUGUGGUGAAUAAUCAACCGUUUUAUGUAAACGGGUUCAAUACAUACUGGUUGAUGGUAUUUGCUGUGGACAACUCUACAAGAGGAAAAGUUACUCAAGUCUUUCAACAAGCAUCUGAUGUGGGAUUGACCGUGUGUCGAACAUGGGCUUUUAAUGAUGGUCAAUGGCGCGCUCUUCAGAAAAAACCAUCUCUUUAUGAUGAAGAUGUUUUCAAGGCAUUAGAUUUUGUGGUGAGUGAAGCAAAGAAAUUCAAUAUUAGGCUCAUACUGUCGUUGACAAACAAUUGGGAUGCUUAUGGUGGAAAACCGCAAUACGUUAAAUGGGGGAAGGAAGCUGGUUUAAAUUUGACUAAUGAUGAUGAUUUCUUCUCUCACCCGACUCUAAAAAGCUACUACAAGUCCCAUGUCAAGACUGUGUUGAAUCGAGUGAAUACGGUAACCAACAUGACUUACAAGGAUGAUCCCACUAUUUUUGCAUGGGAAUUGAUUAAUGAGCCGAGAUGUGAAUCAGAUCCUUCGGGGGAUAAACUUCAGGAAUGGAUAGAAGAGAUGGCGGUUUAUGUGAAAACAAUCGAUCCAAAACAUCUAGUGGAAAUCGGUCUUGAAGGGUUUUAUGGUCCUUCAACACCUAAUAAGGUUCAAUACAAUCCAAAUACCUAUGCUCAACAAGUGGGUACCGAUUUCAUCAGAAACCAUCAAGUUCUUGGUGUUGAUUUUGCUUCCGUUCAUAUUUAUGCAGACUCUUGGAUUUCACCAUCGAUAUCUAAUGAUCAUAUCGCAUUCACAAAGUCAUGGAUGCAAUCACACAUUGAUGAUGCGGAGAACUACCUCGGGAUGCCGGUCGUUUUCAGUGAGUUUGGUGUAUCUAAAAAGGAUCCAGGGUACAACGAGUCAUACAGGGACAACUUAAUAAGCACGGUGUACAACACAUUGUUAGAUUCAGCGAAGAAAGGAGGGAGUGGAGGUGGGUCCCUUUUAUGGCAAGUGUUUCCUGAUGGAACAGAGUAUAUGGAUGAUGGGUAUGCAAUCAUUCUUUCAAAAUCUCCUUCAACAUCAAGCAUCAUAUCGCGACAUUCCACAAGGCUCACGCUUUUUAAUUCCUUAUGCAAAUGGAAGUGUCAUUGGGGUUGCAAGAAAAAGCAUGAGUUUGAUGGAGGAUUCCAUUUCCUUGAUGAGCUUUAAACAAUGAUGGUAUUUACUAUUUACUUUUUACCAUAUGUUACAGUCGUACAAUGAAUCUACAAACAUAUGUUACAUGUAAGUAAUGACGCUGUCUGUUUUAUAUGAUACACCAAAGUAAUGCCAUAUUCCAGUUGUCUCA